GUUUCUAAAGUAGCUGUGAUGCGAUAACUUCAUGAUCAUGUUUUUUAUUCAGGUUCACCGAUAAUCUGAUUUCGUUAUCAUUCUGAAGUGAGCGUAACAUGAAGUAAUCAAAACUAGUUUCGAUGUAGUCUCUUUCAAAUUUUCAAUGAAAAUUAACUAACCUACAAGAUGUGGCUGAACCUAUCGCUGUUGAUUGGUGUUCUUCUAGUCGUCAGCGAUGAGACAAGUGCGCACCGUAUACUGGGUGUUUUUCCACUGGGAAUGCCCAGUCAUUACUUUCUUGGGAACUCUUUGCUGAAGGGCUUGGCGGAAGCUGGACACGAUGUGACGAUAGUGACUGUUUUUCAUGAGAAAAAUCCACCGAAUGGGACGUACCGGGAAAUUUUUCUUGAUGGAGUAUAUGAAACACAGAGGGAUUCCGAUAUAUUCAAAGCGGUUCUCAGCGUGAAGAAGACACAAACUAACUUCAUUCCGUUUCUAUGGAUAUACCAGAUGAAUACUUUGGGCUACUUCGUAUGCGAGGAAACUCUGAAACACCAGAAGAUGCAAGACCUCAUCAAAUCAAACGAGAAAUUCGAUGUUUUCAUCACUUCUCAAUUCCUAAUUGAGUCGCUGAAAGGCUUAGCACCACACUUCAAUGCCCACCAAGUGAUAUUCAACAACGUGAUGGCCAACUCAUGGAUGAACCAUCUGGUUGGAAAUCCUUCCUUGCCUUCAUUCCACCCAGAAAUCAUGCUGGGAUUUCCCCCAAAAAUGUCCUUCUAUCAACGAAUGCAUAAUACCUUCUACAAGUUCGUCCAGACUUUGAACUACCACAUGUUUUACUACCCUACCCACAAUGAGCUGGUGCAAAAGUAUAUAUCUGAGGAUAUAAGCCUCUACGAUGUCUUGUAUAAUGUUUCGCUGGUUCUGUCCAACUCACACCCUAGCUUGACAGUGAUCCAACCGAGUGUUCCAGUUAUCAAAGAAAUUGGGGGUUUUCAUGUCAGUCCACCUAAAGCACUGACAGGAGAUCUGAAGUCUUACCUAGAUGGUGCAGAGAAUGGAGUCAUCUAUUUCAGUUUGGGAUCAUAUCUGAAGAGCGAGGAUCUGUCAGCUGAUACAAGAGCAGCGUUAUUGAAUGCAUUUGCCAAGAGGAGAGAACGCGUUAUAUGGAAGUGGGACGAUGCUGUUUUGCCUGGCCAACCAUCGAAUGUCAAAGUAGCGAAGUGGUUGCCGCAAUCCGAUAUUUUGGCUCAUCCAAAUAUCAAAUUAUUCAUCACCCACGGUGGCUACCUGAGUAGAACAGAAACAGUGUACCAUGGAGUUCCCGUGAUUGCAUUGCCGAUUCUGGGAGAUCAGAGGAUGAAUGCCAAGGCUGCUGUGAAUGAUGGAUACGGAAUAGCUCUGGAUAUAUCUAACCUCACAGAGGCUGCCCUUUCAGCAGCAAUCGAGGAAAUUCUAUCUAAUCCGAAGUACAUCGAUAACGUGAAGUUGCGAUCAAGAAUAAUGCGCGAUAGGAAACAAACACCGAUAGAAGAAGCAGCAUACUGGAUCGAUUAUAUAGUUAAAUAUAAUGGAGCUGAACAUUUGAGAGUGCCGUAUUUAGAAUUAACUUGGUAUCAGUUCUACUUAUUCGAUGUAGGACUAGUUAUUCUAGGUGCCAUAUUGGUGCCCAUUUAUAUCCUCAGAAAAUUGUAGAUGGAGUCAGAUAAUUAAUGAAACCAGGCAACAGAUAUUUGAAUAUAAAAUUUUAUUUUUUGUACAAUAUACUAGUCUGCUC